AUGCUGCAGGGGGUUGCAGGGGAGUUGACCGGGCUACAGUGGUUCAGCGGCAAUGUUAGCGCUGAAGCAACCACCAAGCGGCGAAGGAUAGAUAGCCAAUGGUACAUUAAUUUUUUCUUGCAAGCCUCCUUCGCCUCCUCCACCUCCGUCACCUCCCACCUCCUCGGCACUCUUCACAAGCCACACCCAGCUAGCCUUAUCUUGUCCUUAUCGCCGCAUCCCAUCAAAAGUGACAGACAGCACGAGGACACCGUCGGCCUUUUCAAGCUUCAGCUUCCACCCUUCGACAACCCCAACACCGGUAUUUAUUCAUCGCCGCCCCCCGUCCACUUGCCAAUUGCCUCGACUACCCUUCCCUCAUCCUCUUUUCCCCUGCAUGCUAUCGUUUGCAGCUCUGUGCCCGCUGCCCAGACUGCAUCGCCGCCUCACCGUCCGCCUCAACACUUUUCGAUACCCCUCUUCCUCACCGAUUCGCACAAUGACGAGCAUGGCGCUGCUGGGAGGCCACGGCAAAAAGCACAAGGUGACCGUCGUUGGGUCGGGGGCUCGACCAUUUCCAAAAUCGUCGCCGAAAAUGCCAAGCUCUACAAGGACCUCUUUGAGCCCGAGGUGCAGAUGUGGGUGUUUGAGGAGGACGUUGUGAUCCCGUCCGACUCCAAGCACGCCGCCGCCGCCGGCUCCGAGCCGCAGAAGCUCACCAGCAUCAUCAACCAGUACCACGAAAACGUAAAGUACCUGCCCGGCAUCACGCUCCCCGACAACCUCGUCGCCAACCCCUCGCUGCUCGACGCCGUCCGGGACUCGACCAUUCUCAUCUUCAACCUCCCCCACCAGUUCAUCCACAAUGUCUGCAACCAGCUCAAGGGCCAGAUCGUGCCCUUUGCCCGCGGCGUCAGCUGCAUCAAGGGCGUCAACGUCUCGGCCGACGGCGUCAGCCUCUUUAGCGAGUGGAUCGGCGAGGACCUCGACAUCUACGUCGGCGCCCUGAGCGGCGCCAACAUUGCCAACGAGAUUGCCGCCGAAAAAUGGUCCGAGACGACGAUUGCCUAUGACCCCCCGUCCAUGGACAACUCGCGCGCCCCGACGCCGCGCUCCGCCAGCCCCAGCGUCGGCACCGUCGAUCUCGCCCAGGUCCCCCACAAGGACGCCCGCGGCCGCAAGUCCAAGUCCAAGCUCACCCCCGUCCCCGCCGAGUACCCGCCCCUCGACCACGAAUGCUUGCGCAAGCUCUUCCACCGCCCGUACUUUCACGUCCAGAUGGUCUCGGACGUGGCCGGCGUGUCGCUCGGCGGCGCGCUCAAGAAUGUCGUGGCCCUCGCCGCCGGCUUCGUCGAGGGACGUGGCUGGGGCGACAAUGCCAAGGCAGCCGUCAUGCGCAUCGGCUUGAUGGAGAUGGUGCGCUUCGGCAAGGAGUUCUUUGGCGAGACGGUCCAGACCAGUACCUUUACCGAGACGUCUGCCGGUGUCGCCGACCUCAUCACCUCGUCCUCUGGCGGUCGCAACUUUCGCUGCGCCAGAAUGGCCAUUGAAAAGGGCCUCUCGGUCAGCGAGGUCGAAAAGCAGGAGCUCAAUGGGCAGAAGCUCCAGGGCACGCUUACUUCGUUCGAGGUGCACAGCUUCCUGUCCACGCGCGAUAGGCUCCGCGACUACCCGCUUUUUACCGCCGUCAAUGACAUUCUAGUCGGCAAGGCGCAGGUUGACGACAUUCCCGGCUUGGUGUCCAAGAUUGACCACGACGAGCCACGUCUAUAA